GAUCAGCUGUCAUAUUAUUUUGUAAAUAAUAAUCUAAAAAAGCUAACACAAAACAAAUAACAUUAAUAUAAUUAAAUGUUUUCAAUCUAAAAGUCAAUCAUGGAAGAUUACGAUAGUGAUGCAAUGAUUGACGCCCUAGAGGCGUUGCAUUCGUGUCGCUGCUGCCUUCGUCGCCCUCCAGACAAGGGCUUGAAGACUUUAUAUACUCAUGUCGGGAAAACGGAAAUAUAUUUGGACAUGAUUGAAGAAUGCUUUAAUAUACAAGUUGUAAUGCGUAGUGACGACGAGAGCGGGAUCUGCGAGGCGUGCGUGGGGCGCCUGCGCGACGCGAGCCAGUUCAAGCAGCUGGUGCAGCGCAGCCAGGCCGAGCUGCAGCGACUGCAGUUCAUACACUUCCUUGACGAGAAACCUGCCAUAAAGGAUGAGAGUGUGGAGGGAACCACGAACGACGGUUUUACACUACGCGAAGUGCACCCGGUCAAGUUGGAGGCGAAGAUGCUGGAAGGAGAAACGAACAACAGCGAAGAAUUGGUACAAGCACUGCCAUUGGCCAUCCCGACACCUGCUCCGGUUGAGUCAGACGAUGCUUCCGACCACGCGUCAGAACUCGAAAAGGUGGCCGACAUCGAGGACCUCACAGAGUCAGCUGCGUCAGCCAUCGCCAGGAAACAGAUAGAAAAGCUCAUCCACCUACCCCCCGCCCCACCCUUAGACGCCCCACCCACCGGCCCUGUGCCCCGCUCUAAAGGACCCCCCAUACCUGUCUCCUGCGAUAUUUGCAAGAAGAAAUUCCAAUACAAAAGCCUCCUCGUGAAACAUAUGCCGCGACACACUGGCGCUAAACCGUACACCUGCGAAGUAUGUAACAAACAAUAUUCACUUAAAUCAGUUUUGAAGAAUCAUCUUAAAAGUCACACGGACAAGUUCUCGUGCAAGAUAUGCCAAAAACAAUUCGCUUACAGGCACAACUUGAAAUCUCACAUGCGUGUACAUACAGGUGAAAAACCAUUUUCGUGUGAAGUUUGCUUUAAAGAGUUCUCAAAAAAGCUUACUUUAAAAACUCAUUUGACGAGCUCCGGCCACUUACUUCCAAUAUGUUGCAAAUUUUGUAAGAAGAGAUUUGCAAAUGAAACUGGAUUAAAUGAACACAUUGUAAGUUUACACGGAAUUAAAGAUACAAAACAAGUGCCCACAAAGAAACGACAUAAGAAACAGCAACAACCAAAUGAAACCGCAAACGACGCUCAAACAAAACAAACUAACACAUAACAAAACAGUAAAUCCUUCGGACAAAUUAUUCUGCUGCGAAAUAUGCGGAAAGCAAUAUAGACUUAAGAAAUUAUUUGAAGCUCCAUAUGAACAGUCACAUGGGAGUGAAACUAGAGUACUGUAAUUUGUGCGACAAACCAUUCGCAGACAAAAACACUUUGAGAGGCCACAUGCUAAUACACACGGGAGAGAAGCCUUAUCCCUGUGAGAUUUGCCACAGGCGAUUCAGACAGAGCUCAGCUUUACAAGACCACAUUAUGAUACACAAAGGAAUUAAACCAUAUUCUUGCGAAGUGUGUAAUAAAGAGUUUAGACAUAA